AGAUAUAGUGACACCAGUAAGGCAGGUAGGCUAGCAGUACGUCUAUCAUGAGGUUCCCUAUAACGUGGCUCAGUCCCUUGCUCCUUCUGGGUAUGCCUGUAUUGGCCGUGAUCCGCUACAGCCAGGAGGAUAUGACCACACCCAAAAUCGGAUUGGGUAGAGCCGAGGCAGGGAAUCCGACCAAGCACGACCAAGUAGGGGAAGACCUGAAGUCUUUGAGAGAGGAUGUAGACAGGCAGAACCAAAGCAUGCUGAGAAUGGAUCUGUUUGCGAAGACGAUGUUACAACGUUUGCUGGUUUUGGAAAGCAAACAUAAAGGCGACAACACAAGGAAAGGGAUUGAGCAAGUAUCCUCCAUCUGUUCGACGACACCGCCACCACCACGAGAGGGAGCCAGCGUCAAUAAAACACUCACAGACAACGGCCUUGUUGCAAAGUACUCGUGUCGUUCUGGCUACAUCAACAUCGGCGGUAACGUCCUCAAGUCUACGUGCGACGCCGCGGAGAAUUGGUCACAAGUCGACAUUUCCUGCAACAACCUCACCACAUGCUAUCAUCGGAUCGGGAGCAGGCUAGUGUACGGGGGGACGACAGCAAAUACCUGGUCAGGGCGCACCUGCCAAAAAUGGCGCAAGAAACGUCCGCACAGGCAUGGAUACGGCCAAGAUAUUAACUUCUCCCGAACGUCCUUGGCUGGUGCUGAGAGCAUCAAAGACGUGUCCAACUUCUGUCGUGACCCAGGAGCAAUGAAAGGGUCGGGGAAGCUAUGGUGCUACACAACCGACCCCGACAAACGCUGGGAGGAGUGUAACAUCCCCAAGUGCGAGACGGCAUCCACGAGUGUACCUUGACCUGAGCCAUCAGCCGGCAUUAUCGGAAUAAUAAAUCUUUGACGUCA